AUGCCGGAUAUUCCAAAAUAUGAUGGGACAACGGACCCACAGGAGCACGUGACCUCGUACACAUGUUCCAUAAAAGGCAAUGAUGUCGAGGAGGAUGAAAUAGAGUCGGUAUUGCUGAAAAAGUUUGGUGAAACAUUGUCCAAAGGGGCACUGACUUGGUACGACCAUCUGCCCGAGCAUUCCAUCACUUCUUUUGAGAUGCUCGCAGAUGCGUUUAUCAAAGCCCAUGCCGGGGCCAAGAAGGUACAGGCCAGAAAGGCGGAUAUUUUUAGAAUCACCCAAAGAGAUAAUGAGCUGCUACGAGAAUUCGUGAAUCGGUUCCAAAGGGAACGAAUGGAACUUCCCCCGGUCCCGGAAGAGUGGGCGGCCCAAGCUUUCACUAAGGGACUCAAUCCCCGAAGCUCAACUGCCUCGUUUAAAUUAAAAGAGAACUUAUUGGAGUACGAGGCAGUAACUUGGGCCGAUGUCCAUAACAGGUAUGAGUCCAAGAUUCGGGUAGAGGAUGAUCAGCUUGAACUUCACCCCGGUCCAAUAAAUGGAAAUAAGAACUCUGAAAGGUCGAGGAAGAACUAUGAACCGGAGACAAGGCCAUCGAGGGAUAGAUAUUGA